GAUAGGCAAAGUAGCACGGCUUGUGGCGAACGCGAUGCCGAUCUCCGAUAAGGACGACCAGCUGAGAUGGACGAGCCUGUUCCAGCUCAAUCAGCUAGGCCAGAAGCUGGCGGUCAACCAGUGCGGGACACUGCUUGGAGACAGCAUCGAGAGUGUCAAGACUGUCUGCAUAUGCAUAAGGUGUGGAGCCUGGGCGCAGCAAUGGCGUCGUCUCAAACUGCGGCUUCCCUGCGUGGCGGCCGCAAUGAAGGGCCUGGAGGUCUUGCAGAAUCUCAAGAAGGGAGUGGGACCGCACAAAACAUUGCAUAAGUUCAUUGACCCCACCUCCCCGCUCAAGAGAGUCACAACCGACGCGGUCACCAGCUGCACCUACACGAAGGUCGACAUCCUCAAG